AUGAACAAAAGUCAAUGUUAUUUGCCUAAUCAAAAAUAGUUUUAUGCUCCAAUCAUAUUGACAUUGAACAUGAUGUAUCUUUCAGGAAUGCUAUCAGUUGCUUUAAACUCUUAAUUAUAAAAUGGAAUUUUAUACUUUGGUUGCGCAGUUGGAUCAAGGUUAUACAAAUACAUCUAAAGGUUUUCAAAUCGUGUAGUAUUUUACAUCUCUGAUUUCAUACUUUUGGUUUCAUUACUGCCAAUCUAUUUUGUAUAUCCUUCUAUAGCACCACAGCCAGACCUUGGUAAUUUAGCAUUAAAUUUUUUAAUUGGAAUUGCUGGAGUGAUGAUGUAUUUGAGAUUGAAAUAUACUGAUGAGGCGAUCUCCUUUUUCUCAUUAUUCAUUCCACUAUAAUUUGCUAUAGGGAGCAUUCUAAAUGCAAUUUUAAGUGCAGAAAAGAUAUACUUUGUAACAAUACUUAUCUACUUAUGCGCAACUGGUGCAAGGAUAUUGUUGAUAUCAAUAAUACCUUUUUCGGGUUUGUCAUAAAAUGUGAAAUAAUUAGAAGAGGAACUAUUGCAAAGGAAUUAAACUACUGAAUUACAAGUAAACUAAACUGAAGAGGGACAUGAGAAAUUUCUUCAAGCCUUUUUAAAAAAUUUCAAAUAUUUAAUUUUAGUCAUAAUCUUUUAGACUUCUCUGAUUCAAUUUUAAUAUCAUCCAUCAUAAUUAUUUAUGAUCAUCUUUAAUAUGAUAUUCUACGACUCAAUAGACAAGAAUAGAUUAAUUGUAUUAGGUUAAAUUAGUGUAUGUUUUGGAUACUGCUCUAAUCUCACUAGUUUUUCGAAUUCAGGCUAUUAUUUGGGAUUAGGCACUCUUUUUUAUCCAAUUGUGUGUAAGAUUUCAACUUCAGAACUAAUAGUAAUUGCUGAGAUUAGUUGGAUUAUAAGAUUAGCAACUAUGUGUUAUAUAGCAGUGAUGUAAAAGAUAAGUUACAAUCUAUUUUUAUUGGAUAGUGAAGUCUAAAAUAACGUCUUCUUUAUUCUCAAUUUUGUUAGUUUGACCUUAUUAAUUUCAUUACUAUUUUAUUCAAAAAAACCAGAGAAAACGAAAGUGGAGGAGGAAGUGAUUAUGGAAGUGCAAAAUACAUAAGAACUUAAUGAGAGUUGA